GAACAACUUCCUACAACGGAGAGAGAGAGAAUCAGUUCAACAGAGAAUGUCAAACAACACUGUUUCAGUGCAACUGUGUCGUAAGAAACAGGCCUUUAUAGUCACUGUGAAUGCAAGAUCUUCAGCACUUGAUCUCAAGACAAAGCUGUUGGAGAUGAUUUCAGCUGUUGGGGGGUUACGAAACGGCGAAUCGAAGCAGGAGGACGAGUCUGAGGAUGAUAUUCCAAUCCCAGUGCCGACGUACGGGGAUGACGACGAUUCAGAGGAGGAGGGAAACGCUGCUACGAGUACCAGUGUGAAGAUCCAUGGUGAGGUUCCACGUCUGGGUGAUUUGGUCAUUGGAGAGCCAAAGGAUCCUAGCAACGUCUAUGGUGGUGGAUUUAAGGACAUCCAGGAUGAAAAGGCGCAAUUGGACCUGAAACAGUUCGGUAUCUUUGCCUUCAGGCUGUACGAUGAAAAGUUUCAAGUGCAACGUUCCACGGUGGAUAAUCACUAGAAUCCAGCAGUGAAUGAAUAAGCAGCCUUACGUUGAUAGAUACAAACCGAAACAUAACCAUUUUAAAGAGUAAUAUACAAACAAGGAGA